AUGGAAGUGGCCGUAGCUAAUCAUGUCAAAGCUCUCGCGACUAUUCCUGCCAUAGGUACCAAAAUCGAAUCACGGACAAAUGGUACAAAAUCGACAGAAGUUUGGAUAGUGAGAGAUCCCCCUAAAGAGGAGGAUUUCAUUGAGGUGCGUGUUGCUGUGGUCGGUAAUGUGGAUGCUGGGAAGUCGACAUUGUUAGGCGUUUUGACUCAUAGCGCGCUCGAUGACGGAAGAGGUCUUGCACGCACGAAGCUUUUCAGGCAUAAGCACGAGUUUGAAUCCGGUCGUACGUCGUCGGUUGGUAACGACAUUCUUGGUUUCGAUGUUCAUGGUACGGUUGUUAAUAAACCCGAUCCUCACAAUAACAAUCUCGACUGGGUGCAAAUAAGCAGAGAUUGCUGUAAAUUGAUAACGUUUAUUGACCUGGCCGGACACGAAAAGUAUUUAAAAACUACGAUAUUUGGAAUGACAGGCCACAUGCCGGAUUAUACAAUGCUUAUGGUUGGUGCUAACAUGGGUAUUAUUGGUACAACCAAAGAACAUCUAUCUCUCGCACUUUCACUUUCAGUUCCAGUAUUUAUUGUGGUACGUUUCCUGACGUGUUUUACUUUCUAA